AUGUCGGGGUGGCUGUUCACGCCGCAGACGCAUGAAGAUACGCAGCAGGAAACCGAUCUCAAUGAAGACGCAGAAACAAGCAUCCAGCCACGGCUUGCGGCAACAAGGAGCAGUAGAGAGCAGGAUGCCAAGAUAAACUUCACGAGGGGCGAGUGUCACUUGUCCAAAUCCACCGCUUGUUUGCCAUCGCAGCCAUCUGUGUGUAAUUUGGUCCGCAGUGCCGCCAUGCAAGGUUGUGAGGCGAGCCACCAAGUGGAAGUGGAGGACACGCAGCCAGAAGGAUCCAGAAAUGCCCAGGAAAUACCUGAGCAGCUGGACGAAAAAGCAAGGGAGGAAAUGUCUAACGGGCUAUCUGAAAAAUGUUUGCCGUUACGGGGGCUAUUUGUUGAGCUCGUGGCAAUUGUCUCAUGCUACAGACAGUUGCUUAGAACAGCCGCUUCCUUCUGUUUGCCUCUCCUGAUUUUCGUUGGUUGGAGCGCUGAAGACGACCGUUCGCGGUGUCUUUACGUUAUUUUAGUAAUGGUCCUGUGUUGGCUCUCAAAUUGCAUGGAUGCGUACACCGUGGCUCUGUUGCCGUUUGUAUUGUUCCCCGUCCUUCAUGUGGCACCUGUGGGUGACGUGGCAUCUUCUUACAUGAACUCCGUCAGUUUCCUUAUUUUCGGUGCCAGUAUGAUGGCUGCUGCCUUGAGACGAGUCAAGCUGGACGUAGCCACAGCCAACUGGCUCUGCCGCAUCUCCCCAAAACACCCGGAGGACCUUGCCCUGUGUCUCAUGGCAACAUGCUUUGCUAUCUCCACUUGCCUGAGCAACACUGGAACAAUGCUCAUAUUUUGCCCAAUCAUCGAUUUGAUGGUCCAGGGGCUGCAUCCUGAGCCUAUAGGAAGCGAACCUGCUCGAAUCGAUUCGAGGGAAUCCAGGAACUCGCAUCACUCCUUCACAGCUAGCCUGUCUAAGUCGGGCCCUUUGGACCACCCCGCCGGUAGUGACGGUCAUUUCUUCUACCAAGAAGAACCUCCACUGUUGCCUUUAUCCCACAGAGAGAGAAGUUUUGCAAAUGCUGGUGACAUGUUGAACUACUUACAUGCUUCGGAAGGCCAAGGGACACAAGGAGAAGCUGCAGCGAGAGUCUGUUCUAUUCCGGUGAGCCUAGACAAAAACGGCUUGAAGCCUACUUUGCCUAGGCCCUCUUGCGUACCUUCUUCAACGACAGAGUCUAUAGUGGAGCAGAACGACGUGCUAGAUCGGAUCGCCGCAAAGAUACAGCGCGAGUCGCCGGACCUCAGCUGCAUUCGCAGGCUUCUUUUCAUAGGUUGCGCCUACGCUGCUACACUUGGAGGCUCCGUCACCGUUACCGGCGCAACUAGCAAUGCUAUCUUCUUGGCUGUCCUCGACGCCAUGUAUGCCACAAUGCCUGGCGGCUCAGCAACCAACCCGGUAACAUAUACCACGUGGCUCUUGGUGUCCCUGCCGUUGGGGGUGGUGCAGCUCUUGUUGGUCUGGCUAUCACUAUGCGCCCUCUGGAUGGGACCUAGAGCAACGGGGCGUUCUAUCACAAGGAUCGCCGGUUCGUGUCUAAAGCUCUUGCAGAUCUGCCGCUGCAAAAGGCGCGGUAAAAAAGCAACUCGCCAAGCAGCAGUGCAUGCAAGUGAGGGUGGCUCAGAUGCUCACAAUGUCGUAAGGCCCUCCUUCGCCGAAGCGCCGGGACCCCAGGCAGAAGCUACUAAACGGGCUCGUGCGUCAGACGGCUUGAGGCACUGCGCUGAGCUGUACUGGGCCAGAGUAUACGUAGUAGUGGCGUGGUUACUGCUUGUAUGUCUGUGGCUGUCACGAAGAACAAUUUUGGCGGCAGUGCCCGGCUGGGGAGCCAAAUGGGAAGGCUCCAUCGAUGACUCUUGGCCUGCGGUGUUGGUUCCCAUGUGCCUCGGGUUCGCUCCACUAUAUCCCAGACGAUCUGCGCCUUCAUUCGCAAGAGCGGCAUCGGCAGCUAUGCGCUGGAGAAAUAGGAGGCGCAGACGCCGGCGACUGCUCUGUGGAGGUGGCGCGGCUCCCACGGAAACCCAUGCCGACUGUAGUGGGAGCGGCCAUCGGCAAGACAGGUUUGAGGGCAUUUUGACCUUUGCCUUGGUGGAGAAGGAAAUGGAUUGGGGCUUACUGUUCCUGUUGGGAAGUGGUUUUGUUGUUGCUUCUGUCUCUCAUGCUUGCGGCCUCGACAAGGUGAUGAUAGAGAACAUGGACUUCUUGACACGGCAGAGCAAGGCCGGUCAGGUCGCAUGCAUCAUGGCUAUGGCCGGCCUAGUCACCCAAGUCACUAGCAAUACGGCAACUGCCAGCAUUCUCAUGCCGCUCCUCUCUACUGCUGCGAAGGGACUUCCAGGAAAUCCUCUGCUCUUGAUGCUCGCUGCCAAUUUUGCAACGACACUUGGUUUCCUUCUCCCGGUUAGUACGGCGUCCAAUGCGGUCAUAGUGCGGUUCACGCGCAUCAGGACUUGGCAAUUCUUUCUCAGCGGCCUGCUGCCGCUAGCGCUUUGCCUGGGGGUUGCCUAUGUUGCGACUUUUACUUGGGUCGCUGCUGUCUUCGGGCUCAUUGAGCCUUACCCCAACGGAAAGCAAGUGCAGCAAUAG